GACCAAUGUAGCUGUGAAAUUGAAUAUAAAUUUCCAGACAGAAACAGAACAGGACACCAAACUCUGAAACAGGGAGAAACCUUCCAAAACAACAACGCACAGAAAACCAUAGAAAUGGCGGCCAAUCUCCUACUUAUUCUCUUCUUCUCUUCCCUUAUCGUCUCCUCAAAUGCUUCCUCGGCCACCGUAAUCUGUAAUCGACGAAAAACUCCCCCCUUACCAACUGCAAUCUUGGUUCUUAUCGCUUUGGUUUUUAUAGCUCUGUUUUUCUUACUGCUAGCAUUUUUUGCAGCGCCGGAACAGAUUCGGGCGGAUCCAUUAUCUUCUCCAGUGAUUGAAAAGGCUGGACGAAGGUCUUGGCAUGGCAGAGUUGAACUUGAAGUGAAUGACUAUUCUGAGUCGGGAUCCAACGGCCGCCACACGCCGCCGAAUCCCAACAAUGGCGGUGCUUGAGAAUCCGACGAGCGGUGAAUCCAGCAUCCAGUAGUUAAUAAAGGAAGAAACUUUUUCGUGUUGGGUUAGGUAAUUAAUCGAACAAAUCCACUUCCUCUGUUUUCUGUAAUCUGCAAGUUGGGGAAUUGCCGAAUUGGGAUCUUUGAAAGGAUGAAUGCUGGCGUGGGUGAUGAUCGAUGAAGGUGGAGUCUCAUAGUUUGAUCCUGUCGUAUUUUUUUUUUCCUUUUUGUUUUUGUUUUUGUUUUGUUGGUGUUGGUUUGGUGGAAGUUUGAGGUGUUAAUCACUUGAGAUGCUUGGCUAGGCCUGAGCCCCUGACCCAUACGUAAGUUGGGAAGAUGGAGUUCUCUGGAUCUUUUUGUAUAUUUCUCUUUUUAGUGCGCCUUGAUAUGCUUUAAACUUGUAGGUAAUAGUGUGUAGCAAAUUUGUCAAUUUGUCAACUCACGGGUGGAGUGAGAAAAAAGCUUGUCACAUACUUGCGAGUCAAUCGAUAUAAGGUUUCUUAGUUGGAGGU